CACUUGCAUCCAAGCCAAGCGCAAGUUUGUGGUUUCUGCUGCGCGAGCAGCGCGAGUUGGCUUUCAAGGGUAAACCGGUAAAUUACCCCGGCUCAGUUGCAAGUUUGUGCUCUAAUGGUGAAAAGUUAACGAUCGGAAAUCUUGCGGUUUAGUGCAAUCCGUUUAGCGGAAAGCGCACACUCGUAAGCCGCUCGAUGCCCGACCAUGAGCAUGUGCGUGUGCGUCUUUCGGUCGGCAGUUCAGCUCGAGAAGCUCAAACGCACGCUGCUGACCUCGCCAUGCGUGCGCCGUAUGUACGCCAGCGGCGGCGCGAGUUCUCGAGAGAAGAAGAACCGGACAGUGCUCAUGUACGUGACUUCGAUGACUGUGCUCGUCGGUGGGCUCAGCUACGCGGCCGUACCGCUGUACAGGAUGUACUGUCAGUCAACGGGCCGGGGCGGCCAAGCAUUUGCGAUCGAAGCCGGUGAGAAAAUUGAGAAGAUGGACCCCGUGAGCCAUCGCCAGAUCAGGGUUAUCUUUUCUGCCGACACUGGUUCUGGACUGCGCUGGAACUUCAAGCCACGGCAGUCUGACAUUGUGGUUGCCCCAGGUGAGACCGUGCUGGCCUUUUACACCGCUCGCAAUCCAGGCGAGAAGCCUGUGGAUGGCAUUGCCACAUACAACAUCCUGCCCUUUGAGGCAGGAAAGUACUUUAACAAGAUCCAGUGUUUCUGUUUUGAAGAGCAGCGCCUCAACCCUAAUGAACAGGUGGACAUGCCAGUGUUCUUCUACAUCGACCCAGAGUUUGCGGCCGACCCGAUACUAGAGACCUGUAACGACAUCACACUCUCGUAUACCUUCUUCGAGGCCAAGCCAGGCAUACAGCUGCCAAUGCCCACCAUCCGGUGAACGCACCGAUGUGACCCGGCAUCUAGUCUCCUCCCUUCUGCAAUGUGUCGCAGAAAGUGUGCAGUUCACGCUGCUAAGAGUGAAAAAUGAAUUGUGUGUUGUGACAUGCGUUUGGCAGCAUUUGAAUGAUGGCCAUGACAACACCCGCAUAAUCAUUAUUGGGAUUUGGCUGCUGGCCUUAGAGGUUGCGGGUUUGUUUCUGGGCCGCUGCAGCUGAAUUCCAUUGCGGGUGGAAUGCAGAAACGAUCACAUAUUGAGUGUCGGGGGCUUGUUAUAGAACUUCAGGUGGAUAAUUUUUUUAUCCAGAACCCUCUAGUAUAACUUCACUCCCAGCCCCUGCUUUACUUUAGAAUGUUACAUGAAAAAAAAAGAUUAAUAAAGCACUGUCCAUGACAGAA